UCCUCGAGUUAUACUUAUCGAACAUACUGGUAAAUUGGUUGGUCUCAUUACAGUAAAAGAUGUAUUGAAAUAUAUUGCAAGAAGAGAAGCUGAAGAAGAAAGUAUUAGAAUUUACAAUGCUUCUAGUUUAAUAGAAUUAACAAACAACAAUAAUAAUGAUUCACCUGAAGAAAAUAGAAAUUUGAGAUCACCGAUGAAUAAAAAACGAGGUUCAGUCUCGUUUUUAGAGUUGGGGAAAAGUAGAGAUAGUGAUUUAUAA